UUUGAAACGUGGUGAGCCAACAUGAGCAAGCGCAAGGAGCGAGAUGAGAGCCCGGCGCGCAAGGAGCGCGAGAAGAGCCACAAGAAGCACAAGAAGCACAAGUCCGAGAAGCGAGGCGACCACGAGCGCAUCUCUCGAGACGACUACUUUGAGAAGGCGCGCGAGUUCCGUGUGUGGCUCAAGACUGACAAGAAACUCUACUUCGAGGACCUCACGUCCGACGACGCACUGCAGUACUUUGAAAAGUUUGUCCGCCGAUGGAACGACGGCAAGCUCGACGCGAUGUACUACUCGAGCAUCCCGCAGCACGUCCUUGAGAGCAUCCAUCGUACCAAGCAUAAGUGGGGCUUUGUCAAGAACCUCAACGAGUCGGAGCGCUUGCACUUGGCGAGUACGAAGGACACGGUCGACAUUACGACCAACAAGGGCGCGUCGUCCACUGCCCGGCCCUCCAAGACGACAUCCCCACCUCGCAGCAGCAAGAAGCACGAGUCCGACUCGGACGACCCGGACGACCGGCGCAAGCGCGACAAGUACGAGCGCAAGCGGUACCAUAAACACAAAGAGUCGGUCAUGGAAGAGCUCGCGCCAAAGGCCACGGGCCGGGAUGCGAACAUCGAGAAGAAGCGGGAGAAGGCGGCGACGCUGCAUGGCGCGGCGCGUGCAAAGGAGGACGCCAAGGACGGCCUCGACUUGAGCGACGACUUUUUGAUGGGCGGCUCGGACGACUAUCAAGCUCGCAUUCAGCGGCGAAAGGCGGCGCAGGACAAGCGCCAAGAUGAGAAGCAGCAGCGUGUGACGGCGGCGCAGGAGGCCGAGGCCGCGCGCAUGCAGAAAUUCCUGCAGGACAUGGGCAUCCAGCCGGGUCAAGACCGCAUCACGAUUGCUCCGCGGCAAUAAGACAAGCGGAUGUCAUGGGGCAAGCAUCUGUCAUGAGAUAAGGCAAUAAGGGAGCGUGUAUUCCCAAGAGCC